GGAAGGGUCCCCGAAGCCCGCGCCCUUCCCGGGGCCGGAUUUUGCGGGGCACGGGGUGGGCAGGACCGGCGGGCAAGGCUGCAAGCCUCUUAUGAAGGAGCUGGAGGGGAAAUAAAAUAUACAGGAUGAAAAGAUGGCAAUGUUGCCUCCCCCAGGACCUCAGAGUUUUGUCUACUUCACAAAACAGUCUCUUGCCCUCAUUGAACAACGUAUUGCUGAAAAUAAAACAAAGGAACCCAAAGAAGAAAAGAAAGACGAUCAUGAAGAAGGCCCAAAGCCAAGCACUGACUUGGAAGCUGGCAAACAGCUGCCCUUCAUCUAUGGGGACAUCCCUCCAGGCAUGGUGUCGGAGCCGCUGGAGGACCUGGACCCCUACUAUGCAGACAAAAAGACUUUCAUAGUAUUGAACAGAGGGAAAGCAAUCUUCCGUUUCAAUGCCACACCUGCUUUGUACAUGAUCUCUCCUUUCAGUCCUCUGAGAAGAAUAUCUAUUAAGAUUUUAGUACAUUCCUUGUUCGGCAUGCUUAUCAUGUGCACUAUUCUGACAAACUGCAUAUUUAUGACCAUGAGUAACCCUCCAGACUGGGCCAAGAACGUAGAGUACACUUUUACUGGAAUAUAUACUUUUGAAUCACUUAUAAAAAUCCUUGCAAGAGGCUUCUGUAUAGGAGAAUUCACUUUCCUUCGUGACCCAUGGAACUGGCUAGAUUUUAUCGUCAUUGUUUUUGCGUAUAUAACAGAAUUUGUAAACCUAGGCAAUGUUUCAGCUCUUCGAACUUUCAGAGUCUUGAGAGCUUUGAAAACUAUUUCUGUAAUCCCAGGCCUGAAGACCAUCGUGGGGGCCCUGAUCCAGUCUGUGAAGAAGCUCUCAGACGUCAUGAUCCUGACGGUGUUCUGUCUGAGCGUGUUUGCGCUGAUCGGCCUGCAGCUCUUCAUGGGCAGCCUGAAGCACAAAUGUCUGCGGGCUUCCCUUGAAAGUAAUGAAUCAAGCACGUUGGACAACCUUGAUGAAGAGCUCUACAGAGAUUAUUUUUAUUUCCUGGAGGGAUCUAAAGAUGCUCUCCUCUGUGGUAACAGCACAGACUCAGGUCAGUGUCCAGAAGGGUACAUAUGUGUGAAAGGAGGCAGAAACCCAGACUAUGGCUACACGAGCUUUGACACUUUCGGUUGGGCCUUCUUAGCCUUGUUUAGGCUAAUGACCCAGGAUUACUGGGAAAACCUUUACCAACAGACACUGCGUGCUGCUGGGAAGACAUACAUGAUCUUCUUUGUUGUGGUGAUUUUCCUGGGCUCCUUUUAUCUAAUAAACUUGAUCCUGGCUGUGGUUGCCAUGGCCUACGAAGAACAGAACCAGGCAAAUAUCGAAGAAGCCAGGCAGAAAGAGUUAGAAUUCCAACAGAUGUUAGAUCGACUUAAAAAAGAGCAAGAAGAAGCAGAGGCAAUAGCGGAGGCAGUAGCUGGAUAUACAAGUAGAAGGAGAAGCAGGAUUAUGGGCCUCUCUGAGAGUUCUUCUGAAACAUCUAAACUGAGUUCUAAAAGCGCAAAAGAAAGAAGAAACAGAAGAAAGAAAAAAAAUCAAAAGCUCUCCGGUGGGGAAGAAAAGGGAGAUGAUGAGAAAUUGUCCAACUCGGAUUCAGAAGAGAGUAUCAGGAGAAGAAAUUCCCACCUUGGUGUUGAAGGCCACAGGCGAGCCCGAGAAAAGAGAUUGUCUACCCCUAAUCAGUCACCGCUGAGCUUCCAUGGCUCCUUGUUUUUUCAAAGGCGCAGCAGCAGAACAAGUCUUUUUAGUAUCAGGGGUCGAGGAAAAGAUAUUACGUCUGAGAAUGAAUUUGCCGAUGAUGAGCACAGCAUUUUCGAAGGCAAUGAGAGCAGAAGGGACUCCUUGUUCGUGCCCCACCCACCUCGGGAGCGGCGCAGCAGCAGCAUCAGUCAAGCCAGUAGGUCCCCCCCAAUGCUGCCGGUGAACGGGAAGAUGAACAGUGCGGUGGACUGCAACGGUGUGGUCUCCCUGGUUGAUGGACCCUCAGCCCUCAUGCUCCCCAAUGGACAGCUUCUGCCAGAGGUGAUAAUAGAUAAGGCAACUUCUGAUGACAGCGGUACAACCAACCAAAUACACAAAAAACGACGUUCCAGUUCUUAUCUCCUUUCUGAAGAGAUGAUGAAUGAUCCCCAUCUCAGACAAAGAGCUAUGAGUAGAGCAAGCAUACUGACAAACACUGUGGAAGAACUUGAAGAGUCCAGACAAAAAUGUCCACCUUGGUGGUACAGAUUUGCAUACACAUUCCUGAUCUGGAAUUGCUCUCCAUUCUGGAUAAAAUUUAAAAAGCUUAUGUAUGUUAUUGUAAUGGAUCCAUUUGUAGAUCUUACAAUUACCAUUUGCAUAGUUUUAAACACGUUGUUCAUGGCGAUGGAGCAUCACCCAAUGACUGAAGAAUUCAAAAAUGUGCUCACUGUGGGAAAUUUGGUCUUUACUGGGAUUUUUGCAGCUGAAAUGGUUUUAAAACUAAUCGCCAUGGAUCCAUAUGAGUAUUUCCAAGUAGGAUGGAAUAUUUUUGACAGCAUUAUUGUGACUUUAAGUUUAGUAGAGCUUUUUCUAUCAGAUGUGGAUGGCUUGUCAGUUCUUCGAUCAUUCAGACUGCUCCGAGUUUUCAAAUUGGCAAAAUCUUGGCCAACACUGAACAUGCUGAUAAAGAUCAUUGGUAAUUCAGUGGGGGCCCUGGGAAACCUCACCUUGGUGUUGGCCAUCAUUGUCUUCAUUUUUGCUGUGGUCGGCAUGCAGCUCUUUGGUAAAAACUAUAAAGAAUGUGUCUGCAAAAUCAAUGAAGACUGUACACUCCCACGUUGGCACAUGAAUGACUUCUUCCAUUCCUUCCUGAUUGUGUUCCGCGUGCUGUGUGGAGAGUGGAUAGAGACCAUGUGGGACUGCAUGGAGGUCGCUGGUCAAGCCAUGUGCCUUAUUGUUUACAUGAUGGUCAUGGUCAUUGGAAACCUAGUGGUCCUCAACCUAUUUCUGGCUUUAUUAUUGAGCUCAUUUAGUUCAGACAAUCUUACAGCAAGUGACGAGGAAACUGAUGUAAACAACCUGCAGAUAGCAGUGGCCAGAAUUAAGAAGGGAAUAAAUUACAUGAAACAGAGCUUACGUGAAUUUAUUCUAAUGACAUUUUCCAAAAGGCCAAAGAUUUCCAAAGAGACACGACAAGCAGGAGAUCUAAAUAGCAAGAAGGAAAACGAUAUCUCUAACCGUACACUUGCUGAAAUGAACAAAGAUCACGAUUUCCACAAGGAAAAAGAUAAAAUAAGUGGUAUUGGGAGGAACACGGACAAAUACUUGAUGGGAGAAAGUGAUUUUCAUUCAUUUAUUGAUAAUCCCAGCCUCACAGUGACUGUGCCAAUUGCAACUGGAGAAUCUGAUUUGGAGAUUAUGAACACUGAGGAACUUAGCAGUGAUUCAGAUAGUGAAUACAGCAAAGGGAAACCGAACCAGUCAAGUUCCUCUGAGUGCAGCACAAUUGAUAACCCUCUGCUAGAGGAAGAGGGCGAGGCUGAGCCUGUGAAAUCAGAUGAGCCAGAGGCAUGUUUUACAGAUGGUUGCAUACGGAGGUUCCCAUGCUGUGACGUUAGCAUAGACUCAGGAAAAGGAAAAAUCUGGUGGAAUAUCAGGAAAACAUGCUUUAGGAUAGUUGAACACAAUUGGUUUGAAAGCUUUAUUGUUCUCAUGAUCCUGCUCAGCAGUGGUGCUCUGGUAAGAAAAAUCUGGUGGAAUAUCAGGAAAACAUGCUUUAGGAUAGUUGAACACAAUUGGUUUGAAAGCUUUAUUGUUCUCAUGAUCCUGCUCAGCAGUGGUGCUCUGGCUUUUGAAGAUAUAUAUAUUGAAAAGAAAAAGACCAUUAAGAUUAUCCUGGACUAUGCUGACAAGAUAUUCACUUACGUCUUCAUUCUGGAAAUGCUUCUAAAAUGGGUAGCAUAUGGUUAUAAAACGUAUUUCACCAAUGCCUGGUGUUGGCUGGAUUUCUUAAUUGUCGAUGUUUCUUUGGUUACUUUAGUUGCAAAUACUCUUGACUACUCAGACCUCACCCCCAUUAAAUCCCUUCGGACACUUAGAGCUUUAAGACCUCUAAGAGCUUUAUCUAGAUUUGAAGGAAUGAGGGUGGUCGUGAAUGCGCUCAUAGGUGCAAUCCCUUCCAUCAUGAAUGUGCUACUUGUGUGUCUGAUAUUCUGGCUGAUAUUUAGCAUCAUGGGAGUAAAUUUGUUUGCGGGCAAGUUUUAUGAGUGUGUCAACACCACAGAUGGGUUACGGUUUCCUACAAGCAAAGUCCAAAAUAAAUCCGAGUGUUUAGCACUGAUGAAUGUUAGUCAAAAUGUGCGAUGGAAAAACCUGAAGGUGAACUUUGAUAAUGUUGGACUUGGUUACCUGUCUUUGCUUCAAGUUGCAACAUUUAAGGGAUGGAUGGAUAUUAUGUAUGCAGCUGUUGAUUCUGUUAAUGUUGACAAGCAACCCAUAUAUGAAUCCAACCUCUACAUGUAUAUUUAUUUUGUCAUCUUUAUCAUCUUUGGGUCAUUCUUCACUUUGAACUUGUUCAUUGGUGUCAUCAUAGAUAAUUUCAACCAACAGAAAAAAAAGCUUGGAGGUCAAGACAUCUUUAUGACAGAAGAACAGAAGAAAUAUUAUAAUGCAAUGAAAAAGUUGGGAUCUAAGAAACCAAUAAACAAAUUCCAAGGAUGUAUAUUUGACCUAGUAACAAACCAAGCUUUUGAUAUCAGCAUUAUGGUUCUUAUCUGCCUCAACAUGGUAACCAUGAUGGUAGAAAAAGAGGGACAAAGCCCAUACAUGACUAAUGUCCUCUAUUGGAUAAAUGUGGUUUUCAUUAUCCUCUUUACUGGAGAAUGUGUGCUGAAACUGAUCUCCCUCAGACACUACUACUUCACCGUAGGAUGGAACAUUUUUGAUUUUGUGAUUGUGAUUAUCUCCAUUGUAGGCAUGUUUCUGGCUGAUCUGAUAGAAAAAUAUUUUGUGUCCCCUACCCUGUUCCGAGUGAUCCGUCUUGCCAGGAUUGGACGAAUCCUACGUCUGAUCAAAGGGGCAAAGGGGAUCCGCACGCUGCUCUUUGCUCUGAUGAUGUCCCUCCCUGCGUUGUUUAACAUCGGCCUCCUGCUCUUCCUGGUCAUGUUCAUCUACGCCAUCUUUGGAAUGUCCAACUUUGCCUAUGUCAAGAGGGAAGUUGGAAUUGAUGACAUGUUCAACUUUGAAACCUUUGGCAACAGCAUGAUCUGCCUGUUCCAGAUUACCACCUCUGCUGGCUGGGACGGGUUGCUAGCACCUAUUCUUAAUAGUGGACCCCCAGACUGUGACCCUAAAAAAGUUCAUCCAGGAAGUUCAGUUGAAGGAGACUGUGGCAGCCCAUCUGUCGGGAUAUUCUAUUUUGUUAGCUACAUCAUCAUAUCCUUUCUGGUUGUGGUGAACAUGUACAUCGCUGUCAUCCUGGAGAACUUCAGUGUUGCUACUGAAGAAAGUGCAGAGCCCCUGAGCGAGGAUGACUUUGAGAUGUUCUACGAGGUUUGGGAGAAGUUUGACCCCGAUGCUACCCAGUUUAUAGAAUAUAGAAAACUCUCUGACUUUGCAGCUGCCCUGGAUCCUCCUCUGCUCAUAGCAAAACCAAACAAAGUCCAGCUCAUUGCCAUGGAUCUGCCCAUGGUCAAUGGUGACCGGAUUCAUUGUCUUGACAUCUUAUUUGCUUUUACAAAACGUGUUUUGGGUGAAGGUGGAGGGAUGGACUCUCUUCGUUCACAGAUGGAAGAAAGGUUCAUGUCAGCAAAUCCUUCUAAAGUGUCCUAUGAACCCAUCACAACCACACUAAAACGAAAACAAGAGGAUGUGUCUGCUACUGUCAUUCAGCGUGCUUACAGACGUCACCGCUUAAGGCAAAAUGUCAAAAAUAUAUCAAGUAUAUACAUAAAAGAUGGAGACAGAGAUGAUGAUUUGCCCCGUAAAGAAGAUACAGUUUUUGAUAAAGUUAAUGAGAACUCAAGUCCAGAAAAACCAGAUGCAACCCCAUCUACCGUCUCUCCACCUUCCUAUGACAGUGUAACAAAACCAGACAAAGAGAAAUAUGAAAAAGACAAAACAGAAAAGGAAGAUAAAGGAAAAGAUGGCAAGGAAAGCAAAAAAUAGAGCUUCACAUUUAAUACACUGUUUACAGCCUGUGAAGGUGAUUUAUUUGUGUCAAUAAGACUCUUUUAAGGAGGUCUAUGCCAAAACUUUUUACCAAAAUAUUCUCAAAGUCAGUGCAGUCACUAGCUCUGAUUCCUUAAGAUAGGUGGGCAGCAUUAGCAAAUGGCUAUUUUUGCACUGGUAAAUGAUUCUGUAAGAAUUGUAGGGUAACUCUCUAGGGAUUAUUGAUUACAGCAGGCAAAGGUAAUUUAAUUUUAUUUGCUUUUAAUAAAUCACAAGACCAUGUAGGAAAUGUUCACACCUGUCUUGUCAUCUUUUCACAAGAUUGUAAACAUUCAUAUUUCCCAUGCAAAUACACACACACACACACACACACACACACACACACACACAUGCACAUAUCUAUAUUUGGACAUCUACAAAAGUAUUUUGUCUUGGCUCUGCCAUGAAAUACCCUGAUAGAAGGAAUGGACAUUAGUAAUGAGUGUUUAGUUAAAACAUGUUGGUGUUAGGGAACAAAACACUUUUAUCCAUGUACAGAGGUCAUUCUAUAUUUUGAGGUGCUUAAAUUUAUUCAAUAUUGCAUCAGAACCAAUUUAUAUGUACCUAUAAAAUGCUAUGGAAUUAAAAACAUGUGUAGGCUAUUCAUUUAAACAAAUACUUUUUAUUUAUCUUGACUCAUGUAACAACCAGAAUUAAGAUUUACCUUUAGAGUAUUGUGCUUUAUAGCCUGUCUUUUUUAUAUCCUUCUUAGUUCAUACAACCAAAGAACAUGAAAAAUUAUUCCAAGUACUACAAAUCACAUCCCUCGAAAGAAAAAAAAUGAAGAUAAUUGAAAAAAGAGGCAAUGGAAGAAAGCUUUAUUUACUAUUACUUAUAUAAUCUCACACUACACUAUGCUGCCCAAAAAUACCAAUAAUGACACAACUUUUCAUCUCUCUUGUCACAUUUUUUUCUGCUGUCUCAUGCACUAUUGUUUAGUCAUUCUUUAGCACUAGCAAAAUUGUUAUUUCCCUUCAAUGAAGUGCUUCCUGAUAUGCAGAUCCCUAUUUAAUACCAUUGUACAUGACUGGAGCACAGUAUUUACUCCAUCACCUCUAUACCAUCCUAAAUGUGUGUGGCAAACUUUGAAGUCAUAAUAUAAGACAAACUUUCAACCCAAAAUUGUCUUUAGAAUUAACAAAAAAGCAUUUGACUGGGAUUCUUGCCAACUUGCUUUCUUGUCACUUAAUUUACUUUCCUAAUUUGUACAAGCAAUCCUUUUAGAUGGCUAAUCUUUCAUCUGAAAAUGAGGAGGAUGUCACUUUGCACUUAAAAUUCCAUGACUAUGAGGUAUAUUAUGCAUCAAUCAAUAAAGUACUCUGAGUUUAUAACUUACUGAGCACAUAAUUCAUUUUACUUUAGCUGGUGUCUUCUUACCAAGGGUUAUAAAUCUAGCUCUUAAGAAAUUCUUGUUAAUAGUGGCUUGAAAACAAUGGCCAUGAUGAAGUUUUUCAUCAUUUCAUUUCAGGAAUAUGAGGUCUUUCUCCUACCAAGUUUUACAGUUUUAAAAAUUGAGUUAUGUAAGGAGAAAGUAGUUUUUUUUAGAUUUUGUGCGAGUUUCAUUCUAGAAGAUACUUCAUGCUUUCUUAAAUUAAAAGGGAACAUGAAUUAUAUUUCUGUAAUCAGUACUUAAACAUAUAUUUUGUUGUUAUGGCUAGUUAAAAAGAAAGGAUUUUUAAACAUACCUAUAGAGAUGAAGAGGUAUGGGUAGAAAAUGAGAGACAGAAAGGAAAGACUAAGAAACAUAGAUAUGGGAAAGUCAGAUAGAAACAGACAUUUCCACAGAACUUCCUAUCUAGAAAAUUUUUUAAUUCUGAUGUAUUUUAUAAUGCCCAUGAUGGAGAUUAUCACUUGUAGACAUUUGUCAUAAGGUACAUAUGAAAUUAAAUCUAGGGCCAAAGAUUCUUUACAUCUAUGUUCAAUCAUUCAUCUUUGAUUAUUUGAGCCACUUUUCAAUUUAAUAUGAAAGAUACCAUGCAGUGUUUUCCUAGAUUCUGUAGAGCAUUGCAUCACAUACCUGCUAAGCCUAUUAAAAAUACAUUUUGACAAUUUAAUUAAGGAACCAUACAAAAUAUGUUAUAUUUGUAAGAUUUGUAAUACAUUAAAUUAAUAAAUUAAUAUCACCUUAAAUGUGAAGUAAGUCUACCCUUAUUAUUUUAAACACGUAUAAAUGUAACUGCAUUUUGCAUAUUUAUAGACUAUAGUAUAAAAAGAUGUGUGGUGGGCAGGUUUAUGUGGGAUUUACUCUCAAUGUUUUUACAUGUCUUGAUUUUUAUGUAAAAGAAAAAAUAUUGGCAACUGAUUCCUCAACAGUUUCUUCUGAGCAUUUCAAAAUAUGAUAAAGUUGCUCUUUCUCCUAUUUCAUGCUGAACUAUAAUUUUUUAAAAAUAUAAAAUACUUGUUUUUUAUACAUAUAUAUGUUUUCCCAGGAAUGUCUAGUUUUGACUUUUUAUCAAUUAAGAACAAUAUUUGAAAGUAAGAUAUCAUUCAGUACAGUGUAAACUUGAAGAAAAAGUACACUUUUCAUGUAGGUUACUGUUUGGCUCUGAUUAUGAAAUAUCAUUCCCCCAAGGCAUUGUCAUACUAAUAUUAAAAUUACACAAUCACUGAACUCAUUUCACCUAAUGAUGUAGAAUGGCAGUUACACUGUAAAAUUUAAGUGAGAAUAAAAUGGAAGCAAACAUAUUUGAACGCAAAUCUAUACAUAUAAAUUUGGAUGAAAGUGGGAGAAUCUCAUUUUACCUUUUUGAUUGUUACAUCGUUUACAAAAGACGUAAGUGACUUGUGGGCUGAUUCUUAAAUGCUGGUUAUUAAAUCUCAACCCAAAAUGUCCAUCAUGAUUUUAUAGAAUUUUUAAUAGCUUUAUUACAAAGAGUUAAAAUAAAAUGCUUAUGUAAAUAAAGCAGUUCUAAAUAGAAAUUUUGGAGAAAUGUUAAUGAAAGUACGUAAUGAAACGAGGGCCAGCUAAGUUAGUAUGGCCAAGUAACUGGCCUGGGUUUAGGACCUAUGUAUAGAGGCCACCAAUUUAUUUAAAUAGCUCUGGUUUAUUAUGUUAUGUUUUUGAAGAAAACAAGAAUUGCUUCACAAAAUAAAUGAAUAGCCAUGAAUAUAAUAUGCUGUUUACAUAGAAGU